CAGGCCAAAAAUCAAGUUCUCGUCCUGGAAAAUCAGGCACACGGAGUAGAGGUCAUGAGACUGAGCGAGCAGUCCCCUGUAAUUUGAUGAAUGAUGGAUGAUCAGUAGUGGGAUAUGAUAAAAUAAUGCAGCCAGCAAGUAACCUCCCAGGUAAAGGUACGGGACAUUCCUUGGGAUGCAAGGCUAAGACCAGCGCAGGUGCGCACCGACAGUCGCGACCCAGGACUUACACCCUUCACCCAUCCAUGGUGCCACUCUCGCGUCUCCUGACCCGCUACCACCAACUGGCUGCGAUUGUACAGCUUCCCAAACCGACUUCCUUCCUUUCCAAUCUUUCAAUUCUUGCUGCCAUCACCACCACCACCACUCCCUCCGCCAUCGACACGACUCCUGAUUCAUUCGACCUCUUCUUACUUUUACCUUCACCACUUCUACCUUAUCUCUUCGUCGUUGUUGUUGCCGUCGUUGUCACCUUUCCCCAUCCGCAAAACCAGCGUCUUCGCCCUUCACAGCCGCCUCCUAUUUCGAAAGCGCACCCGCGGCUGUCACAUUCGUUUCGUGAGCCUUUCGCCUGCUUAGAGCUCUUCCUUCUCUUCGUGGAUUCACCUUGAUCAACAUAUACUUUAAUCGACCUUCGUUUGAAUCACCAACUUGUCGGCCUUGACUUGAACCGACUGAUCAAUUCCCUAAUCCAUGCAUUCUAUCACCCACAGGCACCUACAUUGAGUGUUGCAAAAUAAGACUAGACCAGAGGUACGCUCAAUGUAGUCAGUCAUACAAG